AUGCCCGAAUCUACAAAUCCUACAUCAGAAGCUCCUGUCGACAUUGAGAAUAUGUUACAACGGAUACCCCACUAUCGGUCCCUCCUGUCCUCCUUCGCAGCCUCCAAAUCAACAUUCAAAGUCCUCGCAUCCGUGCCAUCAGACAUAUCAAGCUCACCCACCAGCUCCUCAAAAGCUUCGGGGGUUCUCAAAACUCCCCCCAAAACCCUCCAUGUCCUCGACUCCUCCUUCAACCCACCAACGCUAGCCCAUCUCCGAAUCGCCUUAUCAUCCCUCACAUCUACAACCAACACCACGAAACCCAACUCCUCACCCCGAAGACUAGUCCUUCUUCUCGCAACCCAAAACGCAGAUAAAGCACCCAAACCCGCUCCUUUCGAAGAAAGAUUAUGCAUGAUGGAAAUAUUCGCGCAAGAAGUCCUCUCUAAAAUCUACUCUGAAUCCCAGGCAGAAGAUAUCAAUGUAGACAUCGCAGUUACUAAAUACCCAUAUUUCGUCGACAAAGCCAAGGAUAUGGAAGUCGCCGAAAUCUACGCCAGGGAAAGUGGGGAGGUGGCGGAACAAGUCCAUUUAAUCGGAUAUGACACCAUUAUCAGAUUGCUAAGUCCGAAAUACUAUCCCCCAAAACAUAAUCUCGAGAGUCUCGUUCCGUUUCUGGAGAAACAUCGUUUAGAGGUUACGUAUCGGACGGAUGAUUCUUGGGGUGGGAAGGAUGAACAGGACAAUUUUCUGUCGAAUUUAAGGGAGGGGAGGAUGAAGGUUGUGGAUGGGAUGGCUGCUACGCCGGCGCUUGGGGAGAGCUUGGAGGAUGGGAGUUUGAGUAGGAUUGGAGGGAGGACCGAGUGGUUUGGGGAGGGGAAGUGCGUUAUGUUUGAGGGGAGGAAGGAGGGCGAGGAGACUGUUAGUAGUACGAAGGUUAGGGAGGCUGCGCAGAGGAAGGAUCGGGAGGCGUUGGAGAAGCUGGUUACGAAGGGCAUCAGUCGGUUUAUUCUUGAGAGGGAGUUGUAUAAUAAUGAAUAG